AUGUGGAGAAUUUUGUUCAUAUUUGCAUUUAUUGCUGCUUGUGAAAGCUGCAGAGUUAUUGAGCAAAAAGCAAAUGGAAUUGAAGUACCUCGAUCGAUGCACACAUCACAAGUUCUUUUAGAAAUUUUUGUAACCUAUGAUCAAAAAUAUUUGGCUUCUGGUGUUCUUAUCAGCCCUGACUUUGUACUGUCCACAUCACGAAGUCUCUUUGGAUACCUUUUCAUUAAUGUUCACGUAUAUGCUUACAAAUUGCGUGACGUUUUUGAAGACGAAAGAGAAAUUUAUCGGUCAACAAAUGUGACUUUCCAUCCUGACUACGAUGGCAACAAUUUUCUGAAUGAUGUUGCCCUUAUACGUCUCCCAGUGACUUUAGAUGUUGGAAACCGUCCAUAUUCUCUUGCAACACUUCCUGAAGCUUCUGAUCUACUUCUUACUGGGACUGAAGGCAAACUAGUUGGAUGGGGAAUGUUAGACUAUAAAGAUGACAACGCAGCAGAAUUCAAACAUGAACAGACAAUGACAGUUCUUUCAGAUGAAUAUUGCCGACAAGCGUAUCCUGGAAAAUGGAAUGAAAUGAGUACAUAUGAAGGUCGUGUGUGUAUUGUUAAACCGUUCGGAAAGAAUUGCGUUAGUGAUGUUGGGUCUCCAUUCUUCAUCGAUGGUGUUCUAUAUGGAUUGCAAUCUUUUGGACAAAAUGAAGCAUGCGAUGAAGCUUAUCCUAAUGGAAUUCAAGAAAUAAGACAUCAUCGUGAUUGGAUUUUAUCAAACAUAGCUUGA